GUGAAGUAAGGAAAUAGCAGAAGGAGAAGCCGGAACCUAAGUAGUUUCCCGAACAAAUGUUUCCGUAUGACGUUAUUUUGAGUGAGGCUCGUGGACAAUUUUGUGUAUUCGCGCUCUAAAAAAUAUCACUUCUUUGGCUUUAUCGUAUAAAGCACAAUGGCUGCCCCAGGCCCUAAUAAGGACAACAUCAGAGCUGGGUGCAAGAAAUGUGGAUAUCCGGGCCAUUUGACUUUUGAAUGCCGAAACUUUGUCAGAGUCGACCCCCAGAAAGACAUUGUCCUGGAUGUGAGCAGCACCAGCAGUGAGGAGAGUGAGGAGGAUGAACCUGUCCAGCGCAGUGAGAAGCUUGGGCGUAGCAAAGGUUCCCACGAUGAAGGCAAAGAUGGUAGAAAAGGGAGACACAAACUGAAGAAGAGCAGCGACAGAAAGUCAAGAAAGAGAUCAAACUCUUCGAGUGAUGACACCACAAAGAAGAAGAAGAAACGCAGUAAUUCCUACUCCUCAUCGGAUGAAGAGCACAGUGGGAAGAAAAAGAAAGUGAAAAGUCAGAAGAAAAAAAGCAAAAAGAACAAAAAAGAACACGGGAAAAGUAAAAAGAAACAGAAGAAGAGGAAAGAAGCGGCACCUUCUUCCUCCUCUUCUUCCAGUAAAUCCUCAGACAGUGACUGAGGCAGCUGAACUGUGCAGUGAAUGGAGUUCCAGCUAAAAAUGAUUCUUCAGUCCAUGAAAAGGGUUCUUUGCAGACAUUUAGAAAAGAGAAAGGCACCUCAUCUUGUUUAAUACAAGUGUCCACAACAGCGGCAAGUAUUUAAAUGGUUAGUUGAAUAUUGGAAUUGUUUUGGGUUCACUGAAGCAUUUUGAACACCAUGUAGAAACCCAAAGGACCAUGUUUUUGUAUACAGUGUUUCCUUGUCCCUCCAAACCCUCUGUCAGACUUUAUCUGACAGUGUUAGAAGCGUUAAAAGAAAUCUUAGCAACACAAUGUACAGUCUCCUGUAAUUUAUAUUACUGAACAUUAGUGGUUUUCAAGUCCAAUUAAGAGUUAUAGGUCAGAUGAAAAUGCGUGGGAAAACUUUCUGGAUGAUGUCCUUUUGUUUUCUGGUCUUUUACACAUUUUCUUUGCUUCAGUGUUUCUUUGGAAAUGGUACCAAAAAACAUUUUAAAAGGUCAGGAGUGAAUUCCAAACCUGAUUCGACUUGAUUCAAAUGGCUGUGGGUAACAAUGACUUCUACUUGGUUUGAACAAUAAUCAUUCAGUUCUUUUUUUCUUUUUCACCAACAGUUGAAUUACUGCCUAAGAUAAAAGAGUUGUAUUUGUUUAGUGUUUAAUUGCUCAAAAGUUAAUUACUGUAUGUUUGCUUUGGUGACUACAAUGAAACUUGUGGAGGUUGUUGGUUGCUGUUAAUAUGUAAAAAGAACGACUUCAAAAGUUAUUUCCGAAAACAUUGAUGCGUGUUGAUUUUGGGAAGUGUCUUUACCUGAACCUUUUUUAUACAGCUUUAUUUCCUGUAAAACAAGAACAAAUGUGGUCCGCCCCAAUUAAGGGUAUUUUUUUGUAAUAAAAAUAUAUGUAGUUGUA